AAAAAUAAAAGUAUUUCGGUGUCGGUUUGUUUAUUGUUUGUGCGCUCUCUUUCGAUCGUGAGACUUAGUUGAAGACGAUUCAGUUUAGCUGAUGUUGAGUGUGUGUAUAUCAACGUUUGCCAAUUGAAAUCAUGUUUGGAUAUUGAUUUAAAUUAUUUCAACGUUUUUUUUUGCGCUGCAGUGUAUCUUUUUUUCGUGCAUAGUUUGUCAGAAUUGUUAGCGAUUCGAGAGUGCAAACGGGUGAAUUGUUAGUGUUCCUAGUUAAACACAUAGUUCCGGGUUUGUUUUCUGAAUCAAAAAACAUUUAUCGGUUGAAUAUGAUUUGAAAUUUUAUUCGGUGACAUGUGCCAAUUGUGUUGAGAAAAGUAAAUCAUUGAUUUCAAAAACGAAACCAGAGUGAUUACAGCUAAGAAAAAGUGCAUUUCACUGUUAAUCACAGUGUUGUCACGUUACAGAAAAAUAAAACUAAAAGCGAAAAAAAACACUCACAGAAAGAUCGGAAUUUUAUUCAAUGCCAUAUACGGACAACGUAUUAAUCGCUUGAAACACAUAAGACUCAGUGAAAAUGAAAUGAAAUCUCUCUCGGAUAUAAAACAAGUUAUAUGGUGUUUACGCACAGAGAUUGAAAGUUGAAAAUAGUUUCUAAUUAAAUGUGAAAACCGGAGAACACGGACUAUAAUAAUCGAUUGGAACGAGAACGAGAGAGAGAGAGAGAGCGGGAGAGAAAGAACGAGCGAGAAAAUCACGGUGUAAAAGGUGAUCGGAUUUUGGUGUGUGUCGACGUCACACAAAUAUCGCAAAACACCUACCUACUUCGGAUUAUAAUCGUGGGAGAGUGAUUUUGGGCGCCGCACUAGUCUCUCUAGUCAAAUUGGAUAUAUAUUCUGUUGGAUAUUUGGUAUUGAAAUCGUCAACAAUCUGAACAUGAUGAAGAAAGAAACGCUUCGGCUCAGCAACAGUUUGAAUUUGUCCGAACGCUUGUAUGACAUUUGCAAAAGCGGUUGGAUGACAAAGCGUUCACAAAAUAAAAAACGCUUCACACCGAUCAACUACAAAUUACGAUGGUUCGAAUUGACCAAACAGUUUUUGUAUUAUUUUGACACUGAAAAUAUUGAGAAACGACGCGAACGCGGCCGUAUUUCAAUAAAAGGCAUACGAUUGGUUGAACCAGCUGCUCUGAAUCUUGAUGGUGAUAGUGUAGCGCCAGAUGGAUUCUCCUUUCAAAUAGGCUACUGUGAAGUUGAUGAUCAAUUACCUGGUCGAUCGAUACCGCAAUAUACUUUGUAUUUAACAGUUGCCAAUGAGAAAGAGCGUAUCGACUGGAUUCGAGCAUUAAGAGUUGUAUGCGAGGAAACAUACAGCCCAAAAUCGUACAGAUAUCACCCUGGUUUAUGGUCGGGAAAGAAAUGGUCUUGUUGUAAAACAUUGAAUCGAACAGCAUUUGGAUGUCAAGCAGCGACACAUUGGACUGAAACGAACAACAAUCCAUCGCCAAGAACCGGAAAUUCUCCUGCGCACAGUUCAACGCGAAGCAUUAGUCCGAAUUCUACAUCACCGGGACAAUUUAUCCAUCAGCAAUUACAGAAGAGUGCAACAACAGCCAGUUUGAAUGAUAGCUUAACAGCGAUUUCAUCGCCACAACAAACGUCAUCCGUAACAACAUUCAAAACGCCCAUCACAAACGGAAGUGGUAACCACGGUGGUAUCGGUGAUUCAAAUAUGCCAGGCGGUACAGCAACUCCAGGAACGCCAAACUCAAAGUCAAAGGAUUCGUCGCAACAUGUUCGGAUCGUUGUUGCUUUAUAUCCAUUCAAAGCCAUCGAAGGCGGCGAUCUGUCAUUAGAAAAGAAUGCCGAAUAUGAAAUAAUUGACGAUUCUCAAGAGCAUUGGUGGAAGGUUAAAGAUCAACAUGGCAACAUCGGAUACAUACCCAGCAAUUAUGUUAAACCAAAAGAAACGCUCGGAUUAGAUAAAUAUGAAUGGUAUGUUGGUGAUAUGUCACGUCAACGUGCCGAAUCGUUACUCAAACAAGGUGAUAAAGAAGGUUGUUUCGUUGUAAGAAAAUCAUCGACAAAAGGUCUUUACACACUGUCACUUCAUACCAAAGUCCCUCAAUCACAUGUCAAACAUUAUCACAUUAAACAAAAUAGCAGAAAUGAGUAUUACUUGUCAGAAAAGCAUUGUUGCGAAACAAUUCCAGAUUUAAUCAAUUAUCAUCGUCAUAAUUCCGGUGGAUUAGCUUGUCGCUUGAAAUCAUCGCCAUGCGAUCGACCAGUUCCACCAACAGCCGGUUUAUCACACGACAAAUGGGAAAUUCAUCCGUCAGAAUUGAUGUUGCUAGAAGAGCUCGGUUCUGGGCAAUUCGGUGUUGUGCGCCGUGGUAAAUGGCGUGGAUCUAUUGACACUGCCGUUAAAAUGAUGAAAGGCGGAACAAUGUCAGAAGAUGAUUUUAUAGAGGAAGCCAAAGUGAUGACUAAGUUACAACAUCCGAAUCUAGUGCAGUUAUAUGGUGUUUGUUCAAAACAUCGACCAAUUUACAUCGUAACCGAAUACAUGAAACAUGGAUCUCUCCUAAAUUACCUCAGACGACAUGAACAGUCGUUGAUUGGCAAUAUGGGACUCUUGCUGGAUAUGUGCAUACAGGUGUGUAAGGGAAUGUCUUAUUUGGAGCGACAUAACUAUAUCCAUCGUGAUUUAGCUGCCAGAAAUUGUUUAGUUGGUUCAGAAAAUACGGUAAAAGUUGCUGAUUUUGGUUUGGCACGUUAUGUCCUUGAUGAUCAAUAUACAAGCAGCGGUGGAACCAAAUUCCCAAUCAAAUGGGCACCACCAGAAGUAUUGAAUUACACACGAUUCUCAUCGAAAAGUGAUGUUUGGGCAUACGGUGUUUUGAUGUGGGAGGUGUUCACAUGCGGAAAAAUGCCAUACGGUCGACUUAAGAAUACUGAAGUGGUUGAACGCGUUCAACGCGGUAUUAUUUUGGAACGUCCGAAAGCAUGUGCUAAGGAAAUUUAUGAAGUCAUGAAAAAGUGCUGGGCACAUCAUCCGGAAGACCGACCAAGUUUCCGCAAUCUAAAAGAUCAGCUGGCAUUAGUCGCACAAGGUCUAACUGACUAGGAUGAACUGAAACCGUUCUAAGAAGAACAAAAACCAUAUAGUCCAUUGAUAACAUGAAAGAAUGAAAAUAUGAAAGCAUGAGAGAGAGAACAAAAAGAAUUCACUUUUAUUCGACAUCAAAACUAAACGUAGAUUGAAAGUAAAAGAAAUUUCAUAAUCAAUAAUUAGAUAAUCCAAUUGUGGUAUCAAUGAAAAUAUCAGCAAUGAAAUUUGUAUAAAUAUUGUAGUAAACGCGUGUGCUUUGAUAAAACAACAACAAAAAUAUAUAGAUAUUCGAAACGAUUUAUUGCAUAACAAUAUUAGUAUAUAAAUAUCGAUAUUUGCGGAUUAACGGAAUUUGUUUCGCAGGAAUUUCAAUAUAAAACAGAACAAAACAAAAUGAAAAAAAAAUGAAGAACAAACAGGAAAUGAUUUGAUGUAAUAGAAAGAGAUAAGUUUGACAUUGCGAAAUAAUUUUACAAACUAAACCAAACAAAAACAAAUAUCAAACUACAUUUUUCUUCCAAGUUUUUGAUACGAGAACAAUUACUUUCCAUUUACAGAAGAUAUACAAAAAAGAAACAUGUGAAUCUUGUUGUUGUGAAUAUUGGACACAAAGAAAUGAACAUUUGACACAAUU